AUAAAUUAAAGAAAAAAACCAGAAUGGCCACAGCUGAGCGGCCCCUUCCCCUUCCUUUCUCUCCUCUCUUCCGUGGCUGUUCAUUCCCAGGCCAGUCUCAGGACUUUUUCUGCACAGAUAGAUCGGGGAUGCUGCUGAGCCAGACUUUGACAGGGUCUUUGGCAAAGUCUCCUGAAACCCUCCCAGCUAAGGCGGAUCAUGAGGGGAAUCAGCAGCAGCAUCCAACCCGCUGGGGCAUUUUGGCUGAGGGCAUCGGGGGCCAAGGAGCCCUGACUCCACAGCCGAUGGAGAUGGGUGAUGUAAGGGACGGGAAGCUGAGGCAAGGCUGGUGGAGAACGUGCAACAUAAAGAGCUCUGGUCCUGGACAAAGGUGCUUUGAGACUCUUCAGACCCUGCCCGGGGUGCCCCUGUCCCACCCGGACACCACAUGCACCAGUAAGGGUUCGUGGUGGCCACCCGGCCUGAGGUGCCUCCAGGUCAGUAGAUCCGUUGGUCGAUGGUCAGCACCUCCUGGGGGGAAGGCCUCUGCUCUAGCCGAGAUGUCCAUCAACCCGCUGCUGUAUGAGACCCAGUUUUUUGGGUUCACGCCCCAGACGUGCAUGCUCAGGAUCUACAUCGCCUUCCAGGACUACUUGUUCGAGGUGAUGGUGGCCGUGGAAAAGGUCAUCUUGAAGAAGGCCAGCAGCCUUCCUGGCAGCACCCUGAGCGCCGUUCAGAUCCGCGGCAGUACCGAGACCUUCCUCCGCUUCAUGAGGGAGCGCUUUAACCGCCUCUUUGUCAAGAUGGAGCAGGUGCUGCUACAGCUGGUGCUGAACAUCCCCCCGAAUAUCCUCCUCCCCGAAGACAGGAGUCAUGAGAAAUACCCUCAGGGCCGAGAGGACUUCCACCUUCUCCAGCAGGAAGUAGAGCAGCUGCGGCUUCGGUACAAAGCGGAACUCGGGGCCAAGCACGCUCUUCUGGCGGAGCUCGAGGUCCAGAAAGUGACACAGGCCCGGCUGAAAAAGACUCUGCACUGGUUUGAUGGGCUCGGAGAUGCUCACGGGCCCCUCGGCCUCGGGGAGAUGAUGGCCUUCCUGAUCCAGCACUCGGGCCGUCUGCGCAGCAUCACACAGGAUGUGACGCAGAAAAGCAAGAAGCUGACGACACAGUAGCAGCUUGAGAAGGAACGGAUCGGGCAGGGAAGGGGGGAGGGGGACAUGGGGGCUUUGGCUCUGCCUGCGAGAAGUGGUUCCUCCAGAAGACCAGGGCACCAGGCCCGUGUUGGACACGCCCACCCCCCAGUGAUAUCACAGUGGGGAUGUGUCCCCCUUUCAGGCAGAGUAUCAUUCUACAAGUCAGGACCACUGAGCACAUGGGAAGGAGAGCCUUCUUUUAUACAGGUACAGACAUUUGCAAAAACUGCAUCUGGUUGUUUUUGUUUUUUUGCUAUGAAACCUGCCUGAAAUGGAUCUUUACCAGUGGAAGAGGCCAGACUAUUGGAAGGGUUCCCAGGCGGCUGGUCAGCAAGAAGCAAACAAGUCAGCGCUGUGUGCGUGCAUGGGAGCUUCUGAAAGUGCUGGUUCUCACUGGCCUCUAGGGCAAACUCACACUUUGAUCUUUGGGGCCAGAGAAGGGAAAGAAGGUCCAGUCUGAGGACAGCCCUGCUUUGUAUCAGAUACCUAGACUGGUCAGUAAUCACUCCUUCUGAACCAGAACUGUGCUGAGGCCCAGGUCAGCUACCCUGGAUUUGCGGGUCAGUUUAGUUUUAAAAAAAAAAAUUGACCAAAGUCCCAUUUACUCAAAGGGAGGGCUCUUUGGUCUGACCUAAAGCACUAGAUUGGACUGGAUUGUUGACCUUGUCUGGCGGUAGACAUCUUGGGUUUGUGUGAAUAACCAGUGUCUCUGCCUUAAGAAGACACUUCUGUCUGUGCUUACCCACUGGCUUUUUUUUUCUUUCCCAUUUAGCAUUAUGCUUUUUAAGUAAAUAAGUACUUCGCUUAGACCAUACCACAAAACAAGUCAAGAGAUAGCAAUCCUGCUAGUUAGGCUGAAGAAGACUACAGAAGCAAAGGGCAGAGAAACAAACAAAUGAGAUGCACGAUUUGUAAGUGAGGGCUGAGCAAUGGGAAGGAGGGUGGAAGGUCUCAUGACACAUUGUCCUGAUUUUUGUUCAUUUCUAAAUAGUUUGUUGUUCAAGGGGUUGCGGUGAAUGGGACUUGUAAGAUGCGUGACAUUUUCUGUAACGUUGAAGUGGAAAUAUUACCAUUGAGCUAGGGAUGCUUAUAAUAAGCAAUCCUAACAAAGCAUGCCAAAUGGAGUGAAAUCAUCAAACCUUUGGGAAAUAAAUACUAAAACCCCCCCUU